AUCCUCGCGAACGACUUGAAAUCGCUGAAGCGCCAUCUAGCUAAUCGCGAGAUAGAGAGUUGCCCAGUAUGGCGGACCCCGUGGCAAAGGAAGUCCCGUUAAACUCGGUGCAGGUGGAGGCACUGGUGGUCAUGAAAAUUGUCAAAGCAUGCUCUGCGACGUUCCCAACAACAGCUACUGGGUCCAUCGUCGGUAUGGACGUUAAUGGAACCCUUCAAAUUACCAACUGCUUCCCUUUCCCAACCGCAGAUGUCGCGGCUUCCGACUCUCACCCCAACGACCACAUGGCUGCUUCAAACCUUGCCGCUGCAGCUCCACGAUCAAAAGCGAACGUUGUGUAUCAAAAUGAGAUGAUCAAGUGCCUGCGGGAAGUCAAUGUGGACGCGAAUAACGUGGGAUGGUACACCAGUGCGAAUAUGGGCAACUUCAUCAACACCAGCUUAAUUGAGAACCAAUACUACUAUCAGAAAGAGGUCAACGAGAGAACAGUCGCAUUAGUACAUGAUGUUAGUAGAAGUUCACAGGGCGCUUUGAGUCUGCGAGCCUUCAGAUUAGCACCUAGCUUCAUGGCUGCGUUCAAGGAGGGCAAGUUCACCACAGAGAACAUGCAAAAGACGAAGCUCACAUACAAGGAUGUUCUGAUUGAAUUGCCCAUCAUUGUCCACAACUCUCACCUUUUAACAUCUUUCCUCCACCAACUUCCUGCCGAACUUCCUAAGGAGGAGCUUGAGUUCCCCGCCAGCCUUCAAGAACUGACUGCGGACCAACCACCAAUUCCUCUGUACCCCAAUCUUGAAUCUCUGGACCUUUCGAUCGAUCCUUACCUUGAGAAGACUUGCGACCAACUUCUUGAUAGUAUCGAGACCCACUAUACCGAACUCAACAACUUCCAAUAUUUCCAAAGACAGCUGGCCCGUGAGCAGACUAAGGUCACCGCGUGGAAGACGAAGCGUGCUGCGGAGAAUGCGACUCGGGCUGCUCAGAAAUUAGCCCCGCUGCCGGAGGAUGAGUGGGAGAGGUUGUUCAAGCUUCCAACGGAACCAAGCAGAUUGGAGGGUAUGUUGAAUGCUCGACAGGUGGAGCAAUACUCGAGACAGGUGGAUGGAUUUACUGCUAGUAUUACUAGUAAGAUGUUUGCUGUGAAGAGCAAUCUCUUGCCAGAAUCAUCAUAGGAGAAGUUCUCUGCUUGUUUCGGAACGGGUGGACUGUUCAUCAUGAAGAUGCGUUUAUGGGGUUUGCAUGGGAUGGCGUUCAGAGGGGCCUGUAUCGGGCUCACUUUUCAAAAACUGAGUGACACACAUAGAGUUGAGCAUCUGGGAUUGCCAUGUGCAAUCCUGUUCGUUGUUACAAAUGUGUUAUAGAUUCAAAUACCAAAUCUAUUUCCUGGCUUCAUUGAACACGAAUGAAACGAAUGAAAAAUAGUCAUAUGGC